AUGACUUGGAGCCGCUUGUUACUGCUCAGCUCGCUGGGCUCGCCCCUGGCUUCGGCUUUGCCCGGCCAGCUCUUUGCUCGCACCACCGAUGCUGCUGAGACAACUACGGCUGCUGCUGCUGCUGCUCCGCCUGUGGUGACCUACUCGACUUUUCAGGCACACACACCAUACACUGGAACCCCGACCACCACUGGAGCCUUGACUGCAAGCUCCGUCGGCCCUGGCGUUUCGCCUAAGGGCCCUGCGCCGGGGGCAUUCGAUUACCCCAGCGACGGAGAGCUUCACAGCCCUCAGCCAGGCCCAUACAUCCCCGCUGGAGGAGUUGGUACCAACGGUACUGAGCCUGUCUACAACGCAAAGAGUGACUUUGACUACGAGUCUUUGGCUCUCGCACUUUACCAAGAGUACAUCGAACUGGACCUGUUCCACGAUGGAUUGGCUCGCUUCUCGGAGGAAGAAUUCACUGCUGCUGGACUGACCGCUGAGGAUCGCCAUCUCAUUGAGUUCAUGGCCAACCAGGAAGUGGGACAUGCCACUAUGUUGACCAACAUCUUGGGCGCGGCAGCCCCCAAGCAGUGCAACUACGUCUACCCCUACACCACUGUGCACGAGUUCGUCGACUUCUGCCAGAAGCUCACUCGCUUCGGUGAGGCCGGUGUCUACGGAUUCUUGGCUCACCUUGACUCCCGCGAGGCUGCGACUCUCCUGACCCAGGCCAUCACUACGGAAGCUCGACAGCAGUUGAUCUUCCGCCAAUUCGAAGGUCUCUUCCCCAUGCCGGUGUGGUUCGAGGUCGGUGUUCCUCAGUCCUGGGCCUGGACUCUCCUUGCGCCCUACAUCGCCGAUUGUCCCGCCGACCAAACCCGCUUGGCCUGGCAGAACUUCCCCGCUCUCAGCAUCGUCAACCAGCCCAACCCGUUCCGGAUCAAUGGCGCCGAGGCCUCCGGCGAGACCAUCACCAACGGCACCAACGUGUCGAACAGCACCGUGGUCCCCGAGUCGGAAUCCUGCCUGAACUCGACCGAGGUCGGCAUCGACUGCUCGCCCGCCAUCACUCACAACCGCACCAACCCGCUGUCCUACCCGGGCCGUGAGGUUUUCCUCACCUGGGAGGUUCCCGGCAAGGCCGUGGGCCCGAACAACAGCUACGUGACGUCGACCAGCGCCGGCGAGCCCAGGUUCGUCGCUUGGGCCACGCAGCUGAACGUGACCUACUCCGCCCUGACCCUCAACGGCUCCAACGCCGGUUCGACCAUCCAGCCCGACGUGUCGACCUUCGCUGGCGACCCCGCCGCCAACGGAACCAUCUUCCUGGCCAUCACAGACUCGGACCUCUACGUCACCCCGUUCAACAUCACCAUGCUGAACCCCCACGUGGUCGCCGGUCCCGCUCUGUACCAGUCCGGUUAG